CAGUUUUACGUAUCUUUGAGGUGGUGGGGAAAUGAUGUCAUAAGAAGUAUCAGUGGGUGGGUUGGCGGUUUUUUAGGUUAACGUACAGCUUUUCAGUGUAAUCAAUUUAGUUCUUUUAGCGUAUUGUAGACUUCGUAUGUUAGUGAUUUAACAUUCGAGAAUGUCUAAUCGCAUUACACCCAGAAAGGGGAAGGUUUUGGCUAGAGAGAAUUUCAAGGUGAUUGGAGACCACGAAGAGUUCUUGUCACGAAUAAAUAAAACAUUGUAUUAUGGAAAACUACCGACGACAGAGAGAUUCAGCUUACCCGUUUCAGAACUUGCUGCAGAAUUGUUUUCUGAAGAGAAGUAUGGCCGCAGCUUGGACAGAUUGCGCCUGGAGGAAGCUGCAUCAAUGUCUCGGAAUGCUUGUGUGUCUCCAUGUUCUCUGGUUCUUGCACUUGUUUACUUAGAAAGGCUGAAGGUUUCAAAUGUUGAAUACGUACGUCAGGUUCCACCCUCGGAAUUAUUCUUGGUGACAAUGAUGGUGGCCAGCAAAUUUCUGUAUGAUGAUGGUGAGGAAGAUGAAGUUUUCAAUGAUGAGUGGGCAGCAUCAGCAGGAAUUGACGUGAAAGAAAUGAAUCGUUUCGAAAGAGACUUCCUGCAGGCUAUUAAUUGGGAAGUCUUUGUGAGUGAACAGAAUUUUUGGAAGAGGCUCUGGUGUCUCGAGAAGCAGAUUGCAUUACAAGAAGGCAAGCGGAGAGGUUGGUUUUCUUAUACAGACAUGGAGAGACUUCUGGAAUCUGUAGACAUAACAGCAUUAGUGAAUGCAGUUCUUACAGUGUCUGCUGUUUGCAUAACAAGUUACACUGUAAGUGUUUUGGCUCUACUAGGAUCUGCAUUUAUUGUCAGCCAAAUACCAGGAAAUGCCAUCUCUCGGAAUACUCAAGACGUCAGUCAAUCAGCUGCUGAGAUACCUCAGAAUUUUACAGCUAACAGUGAGCAGGAGAAUGCUGAUGCCGUGGUUACAAAUUUCAUUCUUGCCUCUCUCGGAUCAUCUGAUAGAGACAACACUGCUGUGUCAGUUGACUUCAAUCAUAAUAUUGUCAGUGAAAUUGCAAUGAAGUUGUCAGAACAGUCUACAGAAACUGUGGAAGGAAAUGGAACUGGUUGCCCUGCUGUAAUAAAUUCCUAUAACUUUGAUGAUGAAAUUAGUUGGAAACUAGUGAAGAGCCUAGUGGACUGGUUUUGGCACCACUCGUGGCUACAAAAUAAUAAUCAAAGAGGUCACACUUACUUUGACCUUAAAACAGCACCAGGAAAUUAUUCAUAUUCCUCUUUGCAUUGGAUAACAUUUAUUGCACCGUGGUCAUUGAAAGUGCCGUAUCAUAUGGCAGAAAUGUCACCGGGUGAAGUAAUCAGCCUUUUUCAGUAGAACAAGGAAAAUAAAAAACAUUAAAUUUUACAAAUGAAGAUAAUUGUUGUUAAAUAUGAGAUAGAGCUAUUUUUGGUAACUGCUUUUCUAUGUACAAAGAAUAAAAUAAGUUUGUGCUACCUGCAAGUGUACUUGCUGAUCAAAUGCUUUUUAAAAUCAACUAAGCCUGACUGUGAAAUUCUUUGAGAUUGUGAAUAACAUCUAUAACUUUAGUCAAAGA